AUGAAACUUCUUUUGGUAUCAGCUUUCAUCGCUGUGGCAUUCGCAGCACAAUCGGAAGAACAGGUAAAAAUCGUGUCGCAACAUUACGAAAUCAAUGCGGAUGGAUCAUACAAAUACGAUUACGAAACCGGAAAUGGAAUUUCUGCGCAACAGGAAGGUUCUUUGAAGAAUGCCGGAAACAAGGAGACUGAAGCCGAAGAGGUCAAAGGAUCUUACCAGUACACGGCUCCAGAUGGUACCCCAAUCAAAAUUCAGUAUGUUGCCAACGAAUUUGGAUUCCAGCCAAAAGGUGAUCAUCUUCCAACCCCACCACCAGUACCUGCCGCCAUCCUCAAGGCUCUAGAAUACAUUCGCACGCAUCCAGAAGCUGAAGCUGCAAAGAAAUUGUAG